AUGCCCAUCCAUGUUGGGGAGGUCAUCUGCAGUGCCAUGCUGGACGUCCUGAAACGGAGCAGAGAUUCCUUAGCCUUUCCUUCCCUCAUCAUUUUGUUGUGUCAGGAUGCAGGUGUUGAUUUUGGAGAUUAUCAGCAGCGAAUCAGAGCAGUUCCCCCCAUUUCCACUGCAUUGGUGAAGGAUAUGCUUAAGCCCCAGAAAUCUUCAGACCCAGGCCUCACUCUCCCAGCAAAAUUCAGGCCUAAGCUAGCUCUCCCAGUCAAGGAACAGCUGCACCAGAUAGCUAAGCGGCAGACUGCCCUCCAUGCUCGCCAGAACACCAUGCUCCUCCUACUGGAAACCAUGACGCUGAACAUUGACAAGAAGAUGGGGAUGACUUCGGAGCAGAUCUACUACUCCCUCACCGUUCCUGCCCCUCAUCUCCGAGCUGCUGCCCAGCAUGACCUACCUCCAUUCAAUCCCAAUGCCCCCAGAGAUGCCCCCAACUCCACUGAAUCAAAAGCCGUUGUCAACACCUUACCGGGUUUCUCUGGCGAGCUACCGUUCCUACUCGAAACGGGAUACAUAAGCGUGAAUGAUUCUGAACUAUUCUACUAUUUCAUCGAGUCACAUGGAAAUCCUCAAGAGGACCCUCUAUUUCUUUGGUUAACGGGAGGCCCUGGUUGUUCUUCUCUCUCCGGACUUCUUUAUGAAACAGGUCCUAUAGAGUUUGAUAUUAAUUCCUAUAUCGGGGGAUUACCAAAAUUGGCAUACUAUCCAUAUGCAUGGACAAAGACUGCUAGCAUCAUAUUCCUCGAUUCUCCAGUGGGUACUGGCUUCUCCUAUUCCAAAACUACACAAGGUUGGGAAACUUCGGACUCAGCAUCGGCCUGGCAAUCCUAUCACUUCCUUAGGAAGUGGUUGGAAGAAAAUCCACCCUAUCUCUUAAACCAACUGUUUAUUGCGGGUGAUUCUUAUUCAGGUCUAGUUGUUCCUUUGAUUACAAAGUUGGUUGUAGAAGGUAAUGAAGCCGGAUUGCAGCCUCGGUUGAAUCUUAAAGGAUAUUUGGUAGGGAGCCCUCACACAGAUGAGUUUAUCAACAGUAAUUCUAUAAUACCAUUUGCUCACCGCAUGGCACUAAUUUCAGACAAACUCUAUGAGGAGGAAGGGAGGCUAAAGAAGGUGAAAGAACACUCCGUCCAUCUAACAUUUCAUGAAGGGGCUAGAAGUAGCAAGGCUAAGCCAGGUCCAUUUGCAAAACUUCUAGAAAGUCGAGGCAUAUGUGCACAGUAUACCAUGUCUAGUACACCACAACGAAAUGGUGUGGCUAAAAGACAGAAUUGUACUAUCAUAGAAAUGGUUAAGAGUAUGUUGAGUUACAGUUCUGUACCUAUGUCUUUGUGGAUGUACGUAUUAAAGACCGCUGCGUAUCUGCUUAAUAGAGUUCCUAGUAAGGCAAUUCCAAAGACUCCUUAUGAACUGUUGACAGGAAAGAAACCCAGUUUAAAACAUCUUCAUGUCUGGGGUUGUCCAGUAGAAAAACUCAAAUCAAGGUGCAACGGGAACUAUGUGUUCGUGGAUCCAUCUAAUGUAGAAUGUCUUGCAGCUAUUGCUGAGUACGAGAAGUGCAUCAAAGGUAUAUGGUCCAGUGACAUUUUGGAACCCAACUGUGAAUUGGCUUCUACCCAGCAUUACCUGCAAGUACAUAAAAAAUCACUCCAGGAAAAUCCUCGAGAUUUUGUGCUUUCCCCACCAAGAAUUCCACAAUUAUGGUGUCGGGCUUUUAACUAUGCACUAUCUUAUUCUUGGGCAAAUGAUGGCAGCGUUCAAGAAGCCUUGCAUGUUCGGAAGGGCAAGGUGAAGGAAUGGGAUCGGUGCAACAAGAGUCUCUCGUACACUUAUGAUGUCCAAAGUGUGGUCCACAUUCACAAAUGGCUUAGCAAAAGGAACUUAACCGUUCUCGUGGAAUGUGGUGACCGCGACAUGGUUGUUCCCUUUGUGGGUACUGAGAUAUGGUUAAGGGCUCUAAAUUUGACUGUUGUUGUGAAAUGGCGACCAUGGUAUGUUGAUGACCAAGUUGCAGGAUACACAAGAGAGUAUUCAGAAAAUGGAUUUCGUUUAACAUACGUAACACUGAAAGGUGCGGGUCACACAGCUCCGGAGUUUAACCGCAGGGAAUGUUAUGAAAUGUUUCAAAGAUGGCUCCAUGCCUACCCUCUGUAA